AUGGAUGAAUUUAAUAGAUGGAUUCACCAAGGCAGGUUGAUUGAAAUGAAUUCUCAGGGGAGAAAGUUUUCGUGGUGCAAUGGUCAACAUGAACUAUCUAGAGCUUGGGCUAAGUUAAAUAGAGUGCUUCUUGAUGCAAAGUUGCUGAUAGCAUUUUUGAAUGCACGUUGUUUGUAUUUAUCAAGGUCAACGUCGGAUAAUAGUCCCAUGUUUAUAGAAUUCCUGAAAGAUCUUUUUACUUAUGGUCCCUCUCCAUUUAGGUUUCAGCAAAUGUGGAUUGAGCACCCUGAUUUUAUGAGCUUUGUACAGAUGGUGUGGUAUGAACCAAUGGUAGGUACGGGUCUCAUGAAAUUAGCUAGUAAACUUAAAAAGCUUAAGGUGGCUCUACGUGAAUGGAACAAGAGGGUGUUUGGGCAAACCAAUACUCAGAUUGCUAUUCUUGAAGAGAAGGUUGAGGGGCUUGAGCACUCGCUGCACAGUAAUUGGGAUAAUGAGGUUGAGAGGGCGCUUGUGAGGUACUCUACUGAGUUGUCUACUUGGAGGCGAAGGGAAGAUAUAAGAUUGGCUCAGAUGGCUAAAAUUAAGUGGAGAAUGGAAGGUGAUCGUAACUCAAAAUACUUUCAUAUUUGGUUAUCCAAUAAAAGGCAUAGGAAAAUUCAUAAGUUGAGAUCUACGGAUGGGUUAGAGUUCAAUUCACCAGAAGAAAUUCAUCUUGGUGCCGUUGAAUAUUUUUCAGAGUUCCUACAAAGAUCAAAUCAGCAAAGAGAGUUGCCGGAUUUAAAAAACUUAAUUUCACCGGUUAUUGAAGAAGAGGAUUGUGUCUGGCUUAGUUGUAUCCCCUAG